AUUUCCUUGGCGGGCGGAAGCGGCCGGAACCCGGCAAUUCCAAAGCUUCCCAGGGGCUCUGGGCGCUUGCUUCUCGGCUCGGGACCGCUGGCCCGCUCCGGUGUGCUUCUGCCCGGCCCCGCCCCUCCCGGUCCUCCGCCCCUCUCAGGUCAGUGUCUCCGCCGUGGGUGAGGGCCGGGGUCCCGGCUGUAACGCGGCGCGGGGGACCUGGAGGAUUUCUCCGGAGCCCCACCUUGCGAGCCCACUUCCCGGAUGAUCUAGUCGGGCUUCCCGACCCCCGGUUUUCUCCUCUGUAAGUGGGGAUAAUGAUCGUCUCUAACUCGGAGUUAUUGAUGAGGCGCAGGCAAAGCGUUUGCCACUAAGGGGACUUGGAGAGUCGUGAGUUCCCACAUUACACGUGUCCGUGACCCUGUCUCCGCGGAAGAAGGUGAAGGAAGGGUUCUUUUUGUAAUUUUGUAUAAACCUCCAGGAGGACUAUGAAAGAUUAUGAUGAACUUCUCAAAUACUAUGAAUUAUAUGAAACUAUUGGGACAGGUGGCUUUGCAAAGGUCAAACUUGCCUGCCACAUCCUUACUGGAGAAAUGGUAGCUAUAAAAAUCAUGGAUAAAAAUGCACUAGGGAGUGAUUUGCCUCGGAUCAAAACGGAGAUUGAGGCUUUGAAGAACCUGCGACAUCAGCAUAUAUGUCAACUCUACCACGUGCUAGAGACAGCCAACAAAAUAUUCAUGGUUCUUGAGUACUGCCCUGGAGGAGAGCUCUUUGACUACAUAAUUUCCCAGGAUCGCCUGUCCGAGGAGGAGACUCGAGUUGUCUUUCGUCAGAUACUUUCUGCUGUUGCUUACGUACACAGCCAGGGCUAUGCUCAUAGGGACCUCAAACCAGAAAAUUUGUUGUUUGAUGAAUAUCAUAAAUUAAAGCUGAUUGACUUUGGUCUCUGUGCAAAACCCAAGGGUAACAAGGACUACCAUCUGCAGACGUGCUGUGGGAGUCUUGCUUAUGCAGCACCUGAAUUAAUACAAGGCAAAUCCUAUCUGGGAUCAGAGGCAGAUGUUUGGAGUAUGGGCAUACUCUUAUAUGUACUUAUGUGUGGCUUUCUACCAUUUGAUGAUGAUAAUGUUAUGGCUUUGUACAAGAAGAUUAUGAGAGGGAAAUAUGAGGUUCCUAAGUGGCUCUCUUCUAGUAGCAUUCUGCUUCUUCAACAAAUGCUACAGGUGGACCCAAAGAAACGGAUUUCUAUGAAAAAUCUUUUGAGCCAUCCCUGGAUCAUGCACGAUUACAACUGUCCUGUUGAGUGGCAGAGCAAGAAUUCUAUUAUUCACCUCGAUGAGGAUUGCAUAACAGAACUUUCUGUACAUCACAGAAAUAACAGGCAAACAAUGGAGGAUUUAAUUUCACUGUGGCAGUAUGAUCACCUCACUGCUACCUAUCUUCUGCUUCUAGCCAAGAAGGCUCGGGGAAAACCAGUUCGCUUAAGGCUUCCUUCUUUUUCCUGUGGACUAGCCAGUGCUACCCCAUUCACAAACAUCAAGUCAAAGAAUCUGAGUCUAGAAGAUAUGACAACAAGUGAUGAAAACUGUGUGGCUGGAUUGAUAGACUAUGACUGGUGUGGAGACAGUUCAUCAACAGGUGUGGCCACUCCACAAACACCACAGUUUGCCAAGCAUUGGACAGAAUCAAAUGGUCUGGAAUCUAAAUCAUUAACUCCAGUAUUAUGCAGAGCAUCUGCUGAUAAAUUAAAGAACAAAGAGAAUGUAUAUAUGCCUAAGUCUGCUGUAAAGGAUGAUGACUGCUUUGUAUUUCCUGAGCCAAAGACUCCAGUUAAUAAGAGCCAGUAUAAGAGAGAAAUACUCUGUACACCAAAUCAUUACACUACACCCUCAAAAGCUAGAAACCAGUGCCUGAAAGAAACCCCAAUUAAAAUGCCAAUAAAUUCAGCAGGGACAGAGAAGUUAAUGACAGGUGUCAUUAGCCCUGAGAGGAGAUGUCGCUCAGUGGAACUAGAUCUCAACCAAGCACAUGUAGAGGACACUCCAAAAAGAAAAGGAACCAAAGUGUUUGGGAGCCUUGAAAGGGGGUUGGAUAAGGUUAUCACUGUGCUUACCAGGAGCAAAAAGAAGGGCUCUGCCAAAGAUGGGCCAAGAAGACUAAAGCUUCACUAUAAUGUGACUACAACCAGAUUAGUGAAUCCAGAUCAACUCUUGAAUGAAAUAAUGUCUAUUCUUCCAAAGAAGCACGUUGACUUUGUACAAAAGGGCUAUACACUGAAGUGUCAAACACAGUCAGAUUUUGGUAAAGUGACAAUGCAAUUUGAACUAGAAGUGUGCCAGCUUCAAAAACCCGAUGUGGUGGGUAUCAGGCGGCAGCGGAUUAAGGGUGAUGCCUGGGUUUACAAGAGAUUAGUGGAAGACAUCCUGUCUAGCUGCAAGGUAUAAUUGUUGGAUGGUUUCCUCCCCAUCCUGGAUGAAUAUGAGUGUGAUCGGUUUGAUUUUUAAAGUCCAUUGGAACUACAGACUUGUUUCUAAAGAGCCGUCUUAAAGACCAAUAUCUUUCUGUUUUUAGACAAAGGUAUUUUGCAAAGUAAUCUAAGGCGUGCCCAUCUGUCAUUAUCUAUUACUGUCUUUUAUAAUCAUGUGGUUUUGUAUAUUAAUAACUGUUGACUUUCCUAGAUUCACUCCCAUAUGUGAAAGUAAGCUCUUAACUAUGUCUCCUUUUAAUGUGUUAUUUCUUUCUGAAAUAAAAUCAUUUGUGAAUCUA